GAGAUGGUUUUCACUCAGAUAUGCUGUGGAUUUUUGUGUGUUGCAAGAUUAGAUCAGUGGAUUAGGCGUUGACUGCCUCUUUGUAGUAAUCCUGGUGUGCCACAUUCUCAAAUGACUUGUUAUUUUGCGUUUAUGAAGACAUACAAGAGACUGAUGAGGUCAGUGAAGAUGCCUUCUGUGAAGUAUCAGAGAGGGGACAUGGUGAUGGGCCGCUGGCCUGGCAGCAGCCUGUAUUACGAGGUCAAGGUGCUGGGCUUUGAUGCCAAAAGUCAGCUUUACACCGUCAUCUACAAGGACGGCACUGAGCUGGAGCUCAAGGAGCAAGACAUGAAGAAUGCGGCUGGUUUCCAGUCCCGCUCCCGCUCUCGCUCCCGCUCUCGUUCUCGAUCACCAGGCCGCCCUCGCAGCCGCUCGCGCUCCCCAGCAAGGACCACGCGGCGCUCGUCCUCCCGCACAGCGGCGGCUGCUGCUGCUGCAGCUAUAACAGAGAGCACCCCGUCCUCCCGCAGGGACUCGAAGCUGAAGGAUUCAGUAGAAGUCAGACUCAGUCCCCUGCCACAGUCAAAGGCAGCGGAGAACAAUGGCAACAAUAAGCAGGAAAAGAAAGAGGAGAAACAGAAAGAGGAGAAUAACACGGCUAACAAAGUGAACGAGAAGUCCGCGGCUGUGGUCGAGGCAGAGAAUGAGAAGACCCAAGGCCGUUACAAUCUGCGGCGCAGGAAGGACGACGGAGAUGCCAAACCAGUGGAGGCCAAACCAGAGCAGCUGGAGGAGAAGGAUGCCAAACAGGCUGCAGCUCCUGCUGCCUCCGUCUCCACCCCGCUGGACUUUGGAGGGAAGAUAGGAGCAUACUUCUGGCUGCUCUUCCUGCCAGCCUGGGUUUUCUUCCUGGUACUCCAAGGGAACCGGGACGACCCCAGUCUGGCCAACUUCCCUCCUCCUCUGCCCCCUCUCGAGGCCUUCUGGGACGCCCAGGCUCUCGGCUUCGUCGUCCUCUGGAUCUUAUUCCAGGCCCUGCUCUACAUCCUGCCUGUUGGAAAGCUGAGCGAGGGAAUGCCGCUGAGGUCUGGAGAGAGGCUGAAGUACAGAACCAACGGUUUCUUUGCCAUCUCUGUGAGUUCAGUUGCAGCAGCAGCAGCGGUGCACCAGGGUGUUGACCUCACCUACAUCCACAGCCACUUCCUGCAGCUGGCCGCGGCUUCCUUCCUCAUCUCCGUCCUGCUGAGCGUCUACCUGUAUGUCCGCUCUCACUACGCUGCAGCAGAGCAGCUGGCACUGGGAGGAAGCUCUGGCAACGUGGUUUAUGACUUUUUCAAAGGACAUGAGCUCAAUCCCCGCAUCAAAGAGUUUGAUCUGAAGUUCUUCUGCGAGAUGCGUCCCGGUCUGAUUGGCUGGUGUCUGAUCAACUUUGCGAUGGCGCUGGCUGAGAUGAAGCAUCAGAAUCUGGAUGCUCCGUCUUACUCCAUGAUCCUCGUGAACCUCUUCCAGCUGCUCUACGUGGUGGAUGGACUCUGGAACGAGGAGGCCAUCCUGACCACCAUGGACUUGAUGCACGAUGGUUUUGGCUUCAUGUUGGCGUUUGGUGAUCUGGUGUGGGUUCCCUUCACUUACACCCUGCAGGCCUAUUACCUGGUCAGACACCCAAACCCCCUGAGCAUCCCCGCCCUCACAGCCAUCCUCACACUCAAACUCGUUGGUUUCUACAUCUUCAGGAAGUCUAACUCUGAGAAGAACGCCUUCAGGAGAAACCCAUCAGACCCCAAACUGUCUCAUCUGAACAGGAUCCCCACGGCUACAGGGAAGAGUCUGCUGGUGUCUGGCUGGUGGGGUGUGGUCCGCCACCCGAACUACCUGGGAGACCUCCUGAUGGCUCUGGCCUGGUCCCUACCCUGUGGCUUCAGCCACCUGCUGCCAUGGUACUACAUGAUCUACUUCAUCAUCCUGCUCGUGCACCGAGACUCCCGCGACAUGAGCGAGUGCAGGAGGAAGUACGGCUCGGCGUGGGACGAGUACUGCCGGACUGUUCGCUACCGGAUCAUUCCUCGUGUCUACUGAGGAACCUGCCGCCGGACGCUCCCGAGCUGAGGCCUUUUUCAACCCAAUAUUACGGCUGUGAAGCCUCACCAAAAAAAACUCAAAUAUGAAUGGAUCGAUUGACUGAUUUGACUUUUAAUAAUCUUUUCUUAAACCAAGAAUUUUUCAAAUCUUGAUUGUGGACUGAAGGAGCUACAGUACUCUGAAUUUUUUGAAGGAAGACAAAUGGCACUCAUUGGUAUUGUGAACUAUUGAUUUUCCUUUUUUAAUAGAAAAUACUCAAAUAUAGACUUUAAAAGUUUGCAAAAUGUGGGGAGAAAACUACCAACGCCUCUGCUAGGAAUGUCUUGUUGGGAUGUAUAUUUUUGUAUAUACACAUUUGUUUUUAUACUUCAAGAAUAUCUCACCAUUUGCAACAUUGUGGUAAGUUUUACUCUUUGCUUCCGUAUUCAAAAUGUUACAAUAUCAGCUUGGCUAUUAUGAAUAAUGUUGUAAGUACGCCUUCCUACUAUAAUUCUACUGCUUGUGUAUAUUGUGAAGGAUGAAAAAUGCUUUUUCUUUUGAAAUAACCUGCACAGUGGAACGAGGACUCGUGUUCUUUCUCAGGACCCAGAACUUUGUCACAAAGUUGAAUUAGAAAAGUUUUGUCUUUGAUCAUUUUGUUGUAUCUUUUGAUAUAGAUAUCUAGUUUUGAAUUGAGAGUGUAAAAUAAUUUUGGAGGUUUCAAGAAAAAUGCACUAAUGUGUUGAGGCAUAUUUUAUUUUCUGAUAUUAUCAGUCCCAAAGUGUAUUUGAUUUGGCUUUUCUACCUCAGGUUCACUCACUCUGCAGUGCUCAUUGUGCCCUCUGGGAGGCAGUGUGUGUAAUUAUGAGCGUGAUGUCACUGCUGAAGAAAGGAAACUUAGUUUUUCAUUCCAGCAAUAGCGUUAGUAUCUGUUGUGAACACGUGGCACUCUUCCACAUCACACAUGUCAUAUCUAACCCCGACCCCGACCCUUCCUAACUACUUUUAUUUCCUGCAUUUUUAUGGUGCUGAUGAAACCAUCUGGACUUUGUUCUGCUAGAUUCUGGAGCAUAUUCUCUAUUAUGAACUGCUUGUUAAUUUCCCACCACUGCCACAUGAAUUUGGUUUGAACCUAUUUAAGCUUUAACUUGCAGGUCACAUGACAAUGACCGUUUUAAUGAAGUGUAUACUGUGACAACAUGGAGAGCUGUUGACUGUGUUAGCAUUUACAAACUGCAUUUGUGAGCCCAAAAAAGUGUUUCUUGCGCCUGUGCAGCUGUAGAUGAGUUCAUAAGUAGCAACUAGACUAGGUAGCAUUUGUUAUGCUGUGCUGACUGAAUACCAUGUAAAUAUUGGUUGUUUUUGUUUUUUUAAUCCUGUUAUUUUCACUAAAAGAGGUGACGGUAGCGAUAAUAGUAAUCUUUCUCAUUAGAUAUUUAAUAUGGAUUUUUUAAGUUAACUAUGUAAUUUUGACCACUGUAGUUAUGUUUACACCUAGAUCUGCCAUGUUUCUGGACAAUACUUCAAAAUGUAUUAAAACAAAUGAUCUGUAACACUCAGAAAACAUGUUUGAUAGUAGAGACGCCACCCUCCUGUAUGCCCCAGGACAAAUAAUGGUGAUAUAUAUAUUUUUUCCUUGACAUUAUGAGGGUAAACUUGUUUCCUUGGUUUGGCAGUCUGAGUGGAAAGCAAUAAGUUGGAUGUACUUAUAUAUAUGACAACAAUGAAUGAGAAGUAAACAGGUCCAGCAGGCUGUCAGUAAGGAUGAAUCACACCUGUGACGGUGGCUGGAAAAAGCUUGUUCAUACAUGCAGAAUAAAAUAAAGCUUUACAUUAUUUCCCUUUU